CCCUCUUCCCAGUCGCCUUUGCUGCUUCCGUUGCCGGUUUCGCCGCCAAAAACUAUGCCAGGGAGCCGGGGUGGGAAGCCUCGGAAAGCCGCCAACCCCAUCGCAGGGGUUGGGACGGAAUCGGUGACAGAACGAGUCCUCUGCGAGGCCCACUCGCUUUAUGUGCAUCCGAAGAAUGGUUUGGUGUACAUAGGAGAGCGUCUGGGCCUGACCCUGCUUCCCCCUCGCCGUAGAGUGACUGUCAUGGUGAUGGGCAACCACAGUGCUGGGAAGAGCAGUUUUAUCAACUGGUAUGUGGAGGAACACAUCCAACGUACUGGGGUUGCUAUUGAGACUCAAGGCUUUACCUUCAUCACCAGUGGAAAGAAGCGAGAAUCUCUCACGGGCAAUGCUACACUCCACCUCUACCCUCAUUUUCAGAUUUUGCAGAACUUCAAAGGAGUGCCAGAAUACCUGAGUACUGAGAUUUGUACCUCCAAGCAGAAACAAUUUCCUCUGAUCACUUUUCUUGAUACUCCAGGCUUGGUAGAUGGUGAUAUGAAAUACCCUUUUGAUGUGGAGGGAGCACUGAUCUGGUUUGGCCAACUCUGCGAUCUUAUCCUGGUCUUCUUUGAUCCCAUGGGGCAGGCUCUUUGCAAACGGACCUUAAACAUAGUGGAGAAGAUCAAUGAAGAGCACGGGGACAAGUUACACUUUUAUCUGAGCAAAGCUGAUGAGGCAGGCUCCGAGGGUGACCGGCAGCGGGUGCUGAUGCAAAUUGUUCAAGAACUUUGUAAACGCCCUGGCCUCAAUAAAUGUGGGUUUGACAUGCCUACAAUUUACAUUCCCAACCCCAAUAAGCCAAGUCGGUGCGUUAAUCAUAUUGAGGCAGUCUGUCGCACAAUUGAGAAGACCAUCAGCCAGACUGUGCAGAAUACACUCAAUGCCCUGGAAAGGGAUUGCCGGCUCAUUGAAGAGGCCACACAGCAUUUGCUAGAGGAUGACAAAGAGGCCAGAAACAGCAACUUCCAUGCUUUCUUUCGUGGGAUACUUCUGGGCAUAGCGGGUUGCCUAUUGCCUAUUUUUCUUCUUCUGGCAUUGUUAUUUGGCACAACGUUUGCUCACGAACUGUGGACCUUGGUCCUGGGGGAGAAGCAAAUCCAGACCCUGGAACUAUACACACAGCCAGUUGCAUCAUUCUGGAGACUUGUCCCUGAAGAUCAAACCUUUACUGUAUUUUUUGGUCUCCUCUUCCUCUCGAUUCUCUUCCUACUAUUGGCCAGCUACACUCUCAGAAUGAAGCCCACUCUCUCCAAAAAACAGAAGCAGCACUUGGAAGAUCGACGGGAUUACGUGGUGUAUGAGGUCUUGGCUAAGAAGAGAAAGCUCUAUGAGGAAUACCUUCGACAGAGCAUUGGUGAGCAGGACUUGAGCUGAAACCAGCCCAUUCUGACGAGAUUCCAUGCCCCCCCAUCAAUACUUAGAGAAGAGUAUUUACAACAGCAAGCUGUGAAAGUCCAGUUGAUCCAAUCCAGUUGCUAUCUCUUUCAUGUUAGUUGGAUAGGGAUGGCAUCCUGGGCCCUUUUGAACUGCGACUAACCAUACCUCUAAUAUCCUACAUCUGAAAGGAUUGAUUUACUGAUUAUAUUUUUUUGCUAAUCUGUUUGCUGCCUAUGGAUAGAAUGAUGUUUUCAGACCUUAUGAGGGGACUGUAGCGGCAAAGACCAACUCUGCAUCCAGCUGAACUUGGCUCCUGGUUUUAGGGAUGGUAGAGCCCUGCCCGAUGUUAAAAUAUAAAACUUUAUAAAUCAGUGGUCUGCUUUUUUGGCUCCUAUCAUAAUAGGCAAGUGUAUUUGCAUCAAGAUGUAACAGGAACAAUUUCUGGAUUGCUGCCUUAGUCGCUCAGUGAUCUAAAGCGACAGUUCACAUAAGUUCAUUAUGCUAAGCAUAGCAUAAUUUUAUCUGUCAUUUGUACGUAUAUACCUCAUAUUUGUAAAUGUGCCCAUAUGCUACAGGCAUGCAGCUAACUAUUCCCUUCCAUUUCAUAUGAGCAAGUGCCUCUGUGUAACCAUCUCUUGGGAGUGAAAGAUGGGAUAUGGCUCCUGGUAGCAAUCUCUUUAUUGUUUGGCCAUAGCCCAACCAAUGCCAGUACAGUACUUAACACUGUGAGAUUUUCCCAGACCUGUGACCUUCUAGGCUUUAUAAUUUAUUCAGCAUCCCGUGGAACAUGCGGGGAACCCCAAGCCAGCUUUUCCUCCAAUGCCGGGAAAUAUUCUGAAAAAAGGCCAUGUUUUGGCCAGUUCAGCUAACUUGAUCGCACUGCACCGCAUGCAUCAGUUUUGGGAUACUACCAUUAUCAUGGCUGUAUCUAGAAACAUUUUGCUGGCUCUUCAGAGAUGCUGUGUAUUAAGUCCUUCUGAAGUUGGACUUCAGCUCCCAUCAGCCUUAAGUAAAAUAAUGUAGCUCAUGAUGUUAUAAAGGAGACAUUACUUUGCAGAAUUUUAACAGGGUCCUUUAUAGUAAGUGCAACAAAAAAAAUAAAACAUUAAUUUCUUUCUUCAGUUUGAGCAAUUUGGGGAUAGAAAAACAGUUGACCCACAUUAUCCUAGCUCUGGUAAUCCAUUAAGAUAAUUUUCGAUGCUCUUUAUUCCCUGUUCCCCCUCAAGUUGUUGGGGGGAUUGAUUUGCAUUAUCUUUGCUUCUCUGCAAGCUGUCUUUCAUCUUGUUGGCAUAAGCUUCUGGAGAAUGGCAUAGAUGAUGACAAACCAAGUUAAAUAUUUGCCAGAGUUAUUUAACAUUUAUUAGAAUGCAUCUCUUCUUGAGGUAUCGAACUGACCUGAAAUUAAAGAACUUAAUUUUUAUGCCAUGUGCACCAGCAAAUACUGCCAAGGUACUUUGGGAGGAUAGCGGGAGGGGUUUGAGUAUUUAAUAAAAGCUUAUUGUAAAAUCUGCCUCAGUUUCUUUUCUGUUCUCACUGUGAAUAUGCUUCAUUUCAAAUAAUUGCGAGAAAACAGUUAAGCUGAUUUUAU